GCACCUGCCAAACGUUCAUUUAUGGUGGAUGCGGUGGAAAUCUGAACAGAUUCCGUACCGAAGAAGAAUGCAUGCAACGUUGUGGUUUCAUGAAUGCACGUCGUGGAGCUGAAGAUCAAGGAAAUCCACAGUCACCGAACCCUGAUGAUCAACAGCGAUCACAACAAGACGCUCGACAACAACAACCGCAAAAUCCACAAUAUCCUCAGCAUCCACAGUAUCCCCAACAUCCGCAAAAUCCACAGUAUCCCCAGAAUCCACAAUAUCCGCAGAGUGCCCAGCAAUCACCACAGGAACUAAGACGACCACCCUUCCCGGGUGUCCCACAGCAAUCACCUCAGUCAAAUGGUCAGCUAACUGAUCAUGGUAAAUCCCGCCAAGUUUGUCACCUACCCAUGGAUGUCGGAAAAUGCCAAGGAUCCUUUGAUAGCUGGUAUUAUGAGAUGGCUACAGGAUCGUGCGUAGAGUUCAAGUACUCUGGAUGUUCUGGAAAUGCAAAUCGGUUUGCAUCGAGAGAAGAAUGCGAAUCGACAUGUGUGCGUCAGCCUGAGUCUUCGGCCAGUAGAGGUGAGCCAAAGGGGAGCGUGGCCCUUUUGCACUAUAUAUGCUACACUAACUCGCUUGGCUUAUCUUUAUGCCCUGCAAAUCGUGCGGAUACUUCGGUCGCGGAAGAGGUCCUGUAUGGAAAUACCCUUACAGCAUUAAGGCGAGGCGUGCGAAUUACCCUAUACCCGUGUAAGCUCCUAAUCAGUCGUCGACAAGAAACUAAAAUUGACAGAAGAGUGAAAAGAAAGUAAAC